GCAUCAGCAAUGUAGGUGUCCACUGCGUGUUUUGCUUUGUGGCAGUGGUGGAGGGGGUGUUGAUUAUUUUCACGCACGGACCCUGCUGUGCACUGGCCCCCAUUUGUGAUUGGUCCCUCCUUCUAGUAGAGGGGCCAGUCACUCAUUCACUAUGGUAUGCGCUGUUUACCGCGAGGGGACGACGAAUAGAGAAUCAUGUGGACUUGACUCAUGAGACUCGGGUCGUUAGACGCAGAGGGACCGCAAAGAGAGUGACAACAGGACCUUGGGGCAAUCACCCGAAGAGUCGAUCAAAUCGGUUAUUUUAACAUUUGAACACUGGAGAUCAAAGGAAAGGAAAGAACCCUGCGACAGGAGCUGGGAAAAGCCAUGGCUGAGGGAGGGUGCACUAAAACUGAAGAAGAGGAAGGACCGAGCACUGAGGAAGACACACAGUCAUUCCACGGUGUUGGUGUGUGCAAAUGGUUUAAUGUACGGAUGGGUUUCGGCUUCCUGUCCAUGAACAGCCGAGAGGGCGAGCAGCUUGAAGCUCCAGUUGAUGUAUUUGUCCACCAGAGUAAGCUACAUAUGGAGGGGUUUAGGAGUCUGAAGGAAGGUGAGGAGGUUGAGUUCACAUUUAAAAAGUCUUCCAAGGGCCUGGAGUCUGUGCGGGUGACAGGGCCUGGAGGAGUGCACUGUAUAGGCAGUGAAAAGAGACCUAAAGGCAAGAGUGCCCAGAAACGUCGCUCCAAAGGAGACAGGUGCUACAACUGUGGGGGUUUAGACCACCAUGCAAAAGAGUGCAAGCUGCCUCCACAACCAAAAAGGUGCCAUUUUUGCCAGAGUGUCUCACACAUGGUUGCCAACUGCCCACUUAAAGCUCAGCAGUCCACACCAGGCUGUCAGGAAACACCUUUCUCAGUGAAAGAAGAGGAAGAAGAACAGAAUUAUCCCUCGCCACCCGCAGAGAUCACCAACUGAGCCAAGGGUGCACAGAGGAGUUUGGAAUGGAGCUCACAAGCCAAUCAUGCCACCACAUUAAAAAGAUGAACAUAGGUUCCUACUAAUGCUGCUUAUGGAACUACCUCAGAUAUUUUGAAGAAGAAUGUACCAUUUUGUCUUUGGUAUAACUCUCAGGUAUAUAUUUGUUUUAUACUCAGGAAUUUUCUCAGUAACAGAAGUGAAUUCACUGUAUCUGACUUUGGUUUUCUAUAUGCUUUAAUAAUAUGAUAGAGAAUCUGACAUUUUGAUUGUCUGACAAAAGCAGAGGAUGUGGAGACUGACCUCUGCAACGAAUGUACAUUUCAGGGAUAUUAAUGGUGAGGGCUUUAAACAGAGUUGGGGUGUGUUUACAAUCAACGGACCUCACCACAACGGGCCGAAUGAAUGUUAUGUUAGUGUGCUUUGCCAGUAAUUCUUGUUUGUUUUAUUCAAAUUAAGUUAACGAUUGUGAUUAUUUUGUAAGUAUAAUGUAACCAGAGAGAGUAAGGCCAGCAAUAUUUUUUUAUUUUUAGUCUGAAUUUAAAAUUUGAGUUACUGUUACUUAUCUGCUAUGCUCUGUGCUACCAAUGUUUGCCUUUUUUAAAAAUAUUUUCUAAGAGUUUUUUCUUUCUCUUACUUCACUAAGACAUUGCCUUUUUUUUUUCUCAGUUGCCAAAGUUCUUUAAGAAGAAAUCGUGCAUGCAAAUCUAACCUUGACAGUCUUUAAAAAUAGGAGCUAUGGGAUUUUCUUAUAUGUUUAAUAUAUACUGUACUGUUAACCUAUAAAAAGAUUAGCUAAAAUCCCUUAGUAUUUAUUACUAUGGCUUCCCCUUUAAACACAUUUCCCUUUGCAUUGAUGUUUAUUAUAUGCAUGCAUCCUCUUUUCCAAUUAUUUAUGAAAUGUUAAUUUACAGACUCUGAUUAUUCUACUAUGCACAAUUUUGUUAGAAUUGGUAAAAAGGUGUUGGGAAGUUCAGUGCUGACUUGCAUUGAUAUUAGUGCAUAUUAUCAUGGAAAUUGUCAAACACACUAAUUUUGUUCAGCUGCGUUAGCUUUGAUUAUGGUGUUUAAAAGUGUCUGUAGCUGA